CUUUGUUAUCCCAGCAUUUCCUCCAUCGCCCUCCUAUUUUCCUACUUAUAUAUAUUAUUUAUUUAUUUAUAUAUAAAAUAUAGUGGAACUUCCCGCUGGGGAUGAUGUCCCGGAAGAUCGCCUGCGCCCUGGCGGCCGGCUGCACGUGCGUGGUGAAGCCAGCGGAGGACACGCCGCUCACGGCUCUCGCCUUCGCCUCCCUCGUCGUCGAGGCCGGCGUGCCCCCCGGCGUGAUCAACAUCCUGCCGUGCUCGCGGAUCCGCGUCCAGGGCGUCGGGAACGCUCUCGCGAAGCACCCGCUCGUUCGCGUCCUCUCCUUCACCGGGUCCACGUCCGUCGGCAAGUGGCUGUACGAGAGGUGCAGCUCGGGGGUGAAGCGCCUCAGCCUGGAGCUGGGCGGGAACGCGCCCUUCAUCGUCUUCGAUUCCGCGGACAUGAACGCGGCGGUUUGCGGGCUCAUGAUCGCCAAGUUCCGCAACACGGGGCAGACGUGCGUUUCCGCGAAUCGGAUCCUCGUGCAGGAGGGAAUCUACGACGCCUUCGUGGAGCGCUUCGCCGACGCCAUGGACCGGGAGCUGGUCGUCGGUCACGGCCUGGAACCGGGGGUUAACCAGGGUCCGAUCAUAAACCCGAGGCAAUUCGCCAGGGUGAGCGCUUGA